AUAUGAAGCAGCAGAGCAGACAUGAACCACAGAGCUUAAUAAUCACUAAACUUGCAGUUAGUUGCACCAAAUGUAUGGGAGGGAACUGGCAAUUGGGUAGUUGAGAACUGGGAAGGGUCCCGUGAUCCCGUCCUGCCGUUCUGCACCUCGCUCAUCACCAUUGUUGGACGACAUGUGUCCUUUCACAGCACGCCUCGUGCUUGAAGCAGUUACGCUCUCGCUCCAAUUCGCGGUUGUUGCAAACACAAAAUCAACGGAUUGAUGCGGUUUUGUGAUCGGUCUUGUUGCAAUCAUGGGUAGUGGUAAUCACUUGAUCUCUGUUCAUCCCGACGAGCUGAGGUUUCAAUUUGAGCUGGAAAAACAGAGCUGUUGUGAUCUGAAAAUAGUGAAUAACAAAGAACAUUAUGUUGCCUUCAAGGUGAAGACCACUUCCCCCAAGAAGUACUUUGUACGACCAAAUACUGGUGUUAUACAACCGUGGGACUCAUGCGUCAUAACAGUCACCCUCCAAGCUCAACGGGAGCAUCCUCCUGAUAUGCAAUGCAAAGAUAAAUUUCUCCUGCAGAGUACAAUAGUACCACCAAAUACUGAUGUUGAUGAGAUCCCACCAGAUGCUUUCAAUAAAGAUGGUCAAAAAACAAUAGAGGAGUCUAAGCUUAAGGUUGUUUAUAUCUAUCCUGGUCAAGAGAAUUCAGAGGAUGAUGUGAAGGGCACCAAGCAAAGUCCUGAUGCUGAAUCUGUCCGAGCGGUGCAGCAACUGAAGGAGGAAAGAGAUGCAGUUCUUCAACAAACAAAGCUAUUGCAACAUGAACUGGAGAGGUUGAGGAGACUAAGUCGUCGGACAAGUGACCCAGGCUUCACCUUCACAUUUGUUCUGUUUGUGGGACUCAUUGGUGCCCUGGUUGGUUUUAUCUUAAACCUCACAUUAUCAGCUCCCCCUAUGGAAUAACUUCAACUUUCUUCAGGGUCCCAUGAGAGAAUAUUGUCUACCCACAUGUAAUUUUUGAAGUUUUAUUUAAUGGAAGUAUAUCUACCAUAACCUGUGCAUUUGUAGAGUGAACACCCCUUUUUUCUAAUGAGUAUUAUUUCAUAUUGUAUGAUAUAUAGGUGUCUCUUGUGAAACUUAAAAGAGUUGCCUGAUGUGCUAAUGGUAAAGGUUUUUCUGUUCAAA